AUGGAAGAGGAGCUCGACGUGGUCUUGAGGACCAGGAGAGACGGGGCUCGAGUGUGUCUUCCACUCCAAUACCAGCAGGAGCUCUUGUCCAUUCUCAAAGAGGUGGUGUUGUUCUUGGGCUCCCUCUUGGGGGUGGCUCGAGCCGGUGUAAACUGGAACUGGUGUUAUGGCCAUCUUUGUGGCCCUGGACUCUAUCAUCUCAGCCUUGCACGUUCAGGAGGAAGAAGUAGAAGUCCGAAGAUUCUUCUUCGACUCGGAGGCGGCGGUGGAGGAGGAGGCAGCGGAAACGAGAACGUCAACGUCGACAUCGACGUCGAAGAAGGAAAAGGGGGAGAAGGGGGAGGAGGUGGAGGGGGAGCAGCAGGAGGAGGGGGAGCAGCAGGAGGAGGUGGAGGCGGCAUGGCGGGUAAAGGUGUGAAAGUCCUCGGAUCCAUUAAUGGUGUCCCGAUUAGUCAAAGUCCAGCGGCUGGGAUCCGCAUCAACGGAAUCGCACCGGGAGGCGCUGGUGUCCCCGUAGCGGCAGCCGCCGCUGCCCCUGGAGCUGGAGGGGCUGCACCUUGA